CUAGGUGUCUUGGAAUAAGCAAGGCAUUCUGUAAUUUUUCUUAAUUUGUAAUAUUUUUUGAUUUUAUCUUUGAAUGUUCAAAGCUAAUUAAUUAAUUGGUGUUAUCAAGGAAGAAAGCUGUGCAAUAGAUCGACAAAUAUGGAACCAUCGUUAAACCACAUUAUUAUUUCCUCUGGUGAACCUAAGAAGUCUGCAAACAACAUUACUUACAUGGACGUGUCGUUGUAUAAAGCUGCAGCAGUAGGCAAAAUUGAAGAAUUCAAAAAUUACCGGAGGCUUGAACUUGAGUCGCUGAAGACCCCAAACCAUGACAACGUGCUCCAUGUUAACUUAUCAACCUCUGAGUGUAUCGGGCAACGUACCAGAUCAGAUUUUAUAGAACAAAUCCUUUUCAAGUGUCCAUCACUGCUACUACAAACAAAUGCGAAAGGUCAAACUCCCUUGCAUGUUGCAGCAAGGAAUGGGCAUUCUGCUAUUGUGAAACUCCUAAUCAAGUCUCGUGCCAAAGCUACUGAUGAAGAUUUAAAGAAGCUGGGAACGGAUCAAUUGAAUGCAGUCAGAGAGAUGCUGAGGAAUACGGAUCAGGAAUCCAACACGGCUUUACAUGUUGCAGUACGGUAUGGUCACGUCGAAGUGGUGCAAGAAUUGCUGGAGUUUGAAAACCCUGAUUUCCCAUAUUUUGUCAACAGAAAUCAGGAGACCCCACUUUACAUAGCAGCUAGGAGAGGAGAUAAGCUCUCUCUGGUUAUACUAUUAGAUAAAUUGGAAUCAGUUGCUCAUGGAGGCCCCUAUGGCAGAACAGCUUUGCAUGCAGCAGCUAUGGCUGGAGAUGUCGAGGCAACAAAGAUAAUAGUAGAGAAUAAAGGGGAUUUGACAAAGGAAACAGAUGAAAAUGGACACACCCCUCUUCACUAUGCUGCGCACUUAGGUCACGAUUCAGUUGUGGAAGAGCUGUUAAAAUGGGAUUUACUUGCUGCCUAUGUAGGUGAUAAAGAGUGGGAGAUGACACCCCUUCUUAUGGCAGCCAGGCAAGGCCAUGGACAAAUAGUAACAAAGAUUCUCUCUUCUUGUCCAGGUUGUUGUGAAAAAGUUGACAAAAGGGGCUGGAAUUUUCUUCAUUUCGUGGCCAUUAGAGAUCAUUCUUUAUUUAAAAUUCUCCAACGUGAUAAUGGUUGUAGCACUAUAUAUGGGAUAGUAAAAAAUCUAAGGCAGUGGAAAAAUGCCCUCGGAAUCACCCCUCAAGAAGUCUAUGACACAUGUCGUAGUCGUUUCCAUAUCACUGAUCAGCGUACAGAGAAAAUGGAGCAAAUUAUGGAAUUGUUGAAAGAUAUUACAGAUGAGGAAGUGGCCGAGAAACCAGUUCGUCCCAUACCCUGGAUAACUAUCUCUGCAGAUAGGUUGGAGAAGGAAAGAGAGGUUCAGUUAGCAGUGGCAGCACUUAUAGCCACCGUCACAUUUGCAGUAGCCAUAACCGUUCCAGGUGGUUUGGAAAGGGAAAAAGGGUCAGAGCAGGUUACUCCUUUUUUCAUUCAUGAUGCGGCCUUUAAAGCCUUUGUUGUAACAGAUGCAUUGGCCUUUCUUUUAUCUCUUUGUGCCCUCUUCUUCCACUUUGGAAUGCUGCCUCCUUUUUUCUCAAUUCAGCGCCCUCCAUUUAUGUCUCAUGUCCUUGCCACAACGUUUCUUGGUUAUGCAAUGUAUGCGAUGACUGGAAGAAAUAGAUCAACAAAAAUGGAGCCUGAAGAGGACAUCACUCACAUGGAUGCUUGGCUGUAUAAGGCAGCAGCAGAAGGCAACAUUGAAGUAUUCAAUAAUAACCAGCAGCUUCAACUUAAGUCGCUAAAGACCCCAAACCGUGACAACGUGCUCCAUGUUAACUUGGCAACCCAGGAGAUUGCUGCCUGGCUUUUUAACAGAUUGCCCUCAAUACUCAGAUUCCUCCCCGUAAAUUAUGUACCAUUCUAUUCGCUUUUGAUUUUUUACAUUACUAUGAUAAGAGGAGAAAAAAGAUCAGAUUUUGUAGAACAAAUUCUCAGUAAGGAUCGGUCACUGCUAACCCAAACGAAUGCUAAAGGUCAAACUCCUUUGCACGUUGCAGCAAGUAAUGGGCAUUCUGCUAUUGUGAAACUUCUAAUCAAGUAUUGCGCAAGAGCUAGAAAUGGAGAUUUAGAGAAUCUGGGAAUGGAUCAACUAAUUGCAGUGAGGGAGAUGUUGAGGAUUACGGAUCAGGAAUCCAACACGGCUUUACAUGAAGCAGCAGGGUGUGGCAAUGUUGAAGUGGUGAAAGCAUUGUUGGAGUUUGAAGACCCUGAUUUUCAGUAUUCUGCCAACAAAAAACAGGAGACUCCACUUUACAUAGCAGCUAGGAAGAGAGGAUCUGGGCGCUUGUUGACUCUAUUAUUAGAUAAACCGGAAUCAACAGCUCAUGGUGGCCCCCACGGUAGAACAGUUUUGCAUGCAGCACUUAUGGCUGGAGAUGCAGAGGCAAUAAGGGUAAUAUUAGAGAAGAAGGGGAAUUUGACAAAGGAAAGAGAUGAAGAUGGGCACACCCCUCUUCAUUAUGCUGCACACUUGGGUUCUAGAUUAUCAGUUGUGGAAGAAGUGUUAAAAAGGGAUGUAUCAGCUGCCUAUAUAGGUGAUAAAAAGAGGGGGAUGACACCCCUUCUUAUGGCAGCCAGGCAAGGCUAUCUUGGAACAGUUUCAAAGAUUCUCUCUUUAUGUCCAGAUUGUUGUGAAAAAGUGGACAACAAAGGUUUGACUUUAUUUCAUUAUCUGGCUUUUAGAGGCUUUCCCUAUCCAUCAGAGCUUUCUCUUUUCAAGUGUGGUGGUAUUGAGAUUUCUUUUGUCAAGCCUAGUGGUAUUGCGAUUUCUUUUGUCAAGAAUGGUGGUAUUGAGACUGUAUAUGGAUCACUCAGAAAUCUAAUGAAUUUGGAAGGUGCUUUUGGAAUGACACCUCAAGAAGUUUAUUAUGCACUUCGAUCUAAUAAACAAUAUCAGAAACAGACGCAAAUCAAUGAAUUCUUGGAAGAAAUUCAGAAUGAUCAAGUGGCGGAGAAACCAGUUUGUCCCAAUCUCUUGCCAACUAUCUCUGCAGAAAGCUUGGAGAAGACAAGAGAUGCUCAUUUAGUAGUGGCAGCACUUAUAGCCACCAUUGCAUUUGCAGCGGCAAUAACUGUUCCCGGUGGUUUGAAUAGUGAAAAAGGGUCAGAGCAAGGCACUCCCCUUUUGAUUGAUGAGGUAGCCUUUAAAGCAUUUGUUAUAACAAAUGCAUUGGCCUUUAUUUUCUCUGUUUCUGCCCUCUUCAUCUACUUUGGGGUUAUGGAUAAUAUAUUAUCAGGAUUUAAAUUUUGGCGUGAAACAUUUUUAUAUCGAACUCGAGCUAUUUCUGGGCUUCUUGGCUAUGCAACGGUUGCGAUGAUGAUUGCUUUCAGCACAGGCAGUUAUGUAGUCUUAAAACCUUCCUACGGACUUGCCAUUGUUUCAUAUCUCAUCUGCCCUGCCUUUUUUCUCUCUGUGUUGCUAAUUUUGAAUAUUGCAUAUCUAUGUAACAUAUAAAUAUGAUAAUAUUACAUUAUCAUGGAUUAAUAUUCUUCCAAUUCCUAGUGUCAAUGUUACCACUUUGAAGAAA